AUGGCUGCUUCUCGGCGUGGCUUCUCUGCCAAUUUGGCGAUGCUCUUCCAGGAGGUGCCUUUCCUGGAUCGCCUCAAACGGGCGCGGGCUGCGGGAUUCACUGCCGUCGAGAUUUCAACGCCAGAGCUCUUCAGCCACCGCCCAGACCAGGUGGCAAGUGCACUGCAGGAGGAAGGCCUCCAGUGUGUUCUAUUCAACAUGCCGGCCGGGGACUGGACGGCCGGGGAGCGUGGCCUGGCGGCGGGAGCUUCGCGAGAGGACUUCGAGCGUUCCCUGAGCAUCACCGUGGACUACGCGGCGAGGCUCCGGUGUCCACGGGUUCACUGCUUGGCGGGCUUGGGCUCGGAGAAGACGAGCGACGAGAUCUACCAGCAAAACCUGGAACGUGCAGUCCGUGUCCUCGGCACCACCGGCGUUGAGGUGCUCAUCGAGCCCAUCAACCAGCGCAGCAUGCCUGGCUACCAUCUGAGCUCUCUGCCGCAUGCUGCUGCCACAAUUCGCAGCGUUUCUGCAAACCUACCGCCAAAGCUGCGGGGCGGGCGAAGUAGCGCGGCCGGUGGCCUGAAGCUCCUCUUCGAUGUCUUCCACUGUCAGAUCAUGCACGGCGACCUGACCACGAACCUCCGCAAGUAUGGGGCGCCUUGGGUUGCGCGCUCGUUGCAACUUUCACAGAACAUGCUGGGAGCUAGCCAAAGCCACAACAACGCAGCACCAACAGGGCAGACUUACGAGCAAUGGAUUGUCAGAAUCACCACUAAAUACUCUUAA